AUGUCUGUUGGUUAUAGGGUCAAACUGGAAACGGGCUCUCCAGCGCCCAGCUGUCUGUCUAUGAGGAGUGACAGCUCAAUGAUCCAACCAGUCUCCUUCAGAGACAGAUCCUUCACACCAGAAGACAGUGAGUUCUCAGCAAUUCUACUGGGAGAGAUGUGCACAUGUUCAUUGUGUAAGACGUUACUGAAGGAUCCAGUCUCCAUUCCCUGUGGACACAGUUACUGCAGACAGUGCAUUCAGGGCUACUGGGAUCGGCCUGUUGAUGCUGGAAGCUACCCCUGCCCCCAGUGUGGAAAGAUCUCUGACCGUCUCCCCAUUCUAUACCCAAGCACAUUCCUGGAUCAGCUGCUACAGAAGCUCCAAACUCCCCUGCUCAGUUCUGCUCUUCAUGGUCAUGACUGCUCCAGGCCUGGAGAUGUGGCCUGUGAUUUCUGCACUGGGAGGAAGCUCAAAGCUGUGAAACAGUGUUUGACUUGCAUAGUCUCCUACUGCGAGAAACAUGUGUGGCAGCACUACACAGUUCCUGCCAUGCAGUGUCACAGACUGGUGGAAGUAACUGGAAGAUUGGAGUUCAGACUGUGCCAACAACACAACAGAGCUCUGGAGGUCUUCUGUAAGACUGACCAGACACUCAUCUGUACUCUGUGUGCUAUACAGGAACAUAGGAGCCAUGACAUAGUGGUUGCUAAGACAGAGCAAGAGCUGAAACAG